CAAAUAGAUGCGUUGAAUCAGUGCCCCCUCUACAGGCGUACUACUGUACAUGUAUACAGAAGAUAAUUAGAAGGAACAAACACCUGACAGAAGGCCCAGGUAUUAGAACCGCUUACCUGAUCGAUGUUAGGACACCGUGAUGAUUCACCUGUAGUUUCAGUUCUUCAGCAGUUCCGCAUUGAUUAAAUUGCCUUAUUUUAAAUUUCUUCCCAUAUUAAAAUUAUAGAAAAAAUCUUAGUUGUUUUUAUUAAAGAGGAGAAACUUGAUUUUUAAAAUAUGUAGGAAUUUUAAACCUGUUUUUGGCGUUGAUUUCGGUGUUCGGACUACUGCACUGUGAACACAUGGAUUAUCUAGCGACAGCUUCCAAACUCCCUGGAAUUUUGUACAGACUCAGAAAGCACCAUCAGAGCCCCGAUGUCGUGCUUCCGGGAGAAAGAAUUCACCCAAGGGACAGGUUCCGGCGCUACGCCCGACUGGCCGUCGUCUGCGUCCGUCUGUGUCAACAGAGCCAGAAAAGCGUGGAGGCCCACGAGUCAGAAUUCUUGUCCGUGCUGCAGUACAUGAACCUGGACCUACAGAACGUGGACCGCGGGGGGCUGUACUUCGACCCCUCAGACUACCGCCGGACCGAUAAGGAGGAACGACUGCCCGUUGAGGCUAAGAGAAUUCUACAGAAACCUCAGAAUCUCCGGACUCGGAAAGAGAUACACUAUCUUCAGAUCGUACUACGGAGGAUCAGAGCGUUCUCGGAGUACCCCAACGACAUGCAGCUCAAACUCUGCCGGGUCGGCUGGUUUGAGGCAUACAACCCACGCCGGGCCAUCGUCCGACAGAACCAGCCCCCUCAGUCCUUCUACUUUAUCCUUUGCGGGACAGUGUUGGUGACGGCCUUUAACAAAGACCAGGGAGGAACCAAGCUUCUGGUCAGCCUCCACAAGGGGAUGUCGUUCGGGGAAUUAGCUGUGAUUACAAAGAAGCCGCGGCAGGCUACAGUCAGUACCCAGACCUACACCGAACUCCUGUGUAUAUCCGCCACAGAUUUCGAGACAAUCUUCAUGGCGGGAGGUGUGAAGAGUGUGACAGAUCCACAGCACAACGCAUUUCUCGGAAAAGUCCGCUGUCUCCGGGAUUGGCCAAUAGAGUCCUUAUCCCAGAACCCCCAGGCCUGCAUGUUCCAUUACUUCAACCGUGGGGAGAUUCUGGUCCGUGACAGUAACAGGUCGGACUGGAUCUACAUUGUCAAGUCAGGAAGUUUAUCAGUUAUAAAGAAGUUAAAAAAAGUUGAACCUGAAAAGCUGCGACCAAGAACUGAAAAUUUACCAAUAGAUCGAGAAAAAGAAAAUGCAUCCAAAUUGAACAGAUUACGUAAUCGCCACAAGCGCCCUCUAACGGAGAGAGAGCCAGAAACAUACAAAAGCAACUAUGAGAUGGAAAGACGCUUGGAUCAAACACUUCCGGGUUAUUACAACCCACGUGACAGACUAGGAGUGAUUGAUUAUGAUGACGUGAUCAACAAACACCGGGAGCGCUUACUUAAACCCCAGGAUGAAGGGGCGUCAAAAGAGGGUGAGAAUGAGGGUGACAGCCAGCAGACAGAAGAUACAGGAGAGGAGGGGGCUGAAAACCCCGAGGAAAACUCUAUCAGACUGCCUCAAAUCCACAAAACCACCAAGAUGUUGGUCAAUAAAGUGUUCCAGAAUAGCGCCGUGGAUACGGGAGCCUACUUGUCCUCGGGCUUUUCCAAAAAACGUAAGGAGACGAAGACAUCAUUAGCAGACAAGAUCGCCCAAAAGGAAAAAGAACUACAACAUAAGAUGUCGACGCAGGCCGAAGGCCGGAAGACGAUUGUGAAUGAGUACGACAACCGCCCGCCGUCACGGCUUGUGCUCACAGAGGCGGACCUACACCCUGUGUUCAUCGUAGUCCAGGUCCUGGAGAAGGGGCAGUACUUUGGAAUUUCUAAUUUGAUUUACCAAGACCAGCCUAGUAUGUCGGUGAUCAGCAAUGGCGCCGAGUGUAUCAUGAUCUCCAAGAAAUUCUUUAUGGAGAAGAAGACGGACGCUACGAUGCGGAGCAUCUACCAAUCGGAAUCUCCAUUUCCAAACGACGAAACCCUUCAGCGACAGCUUCAGGAGUAUGUCAACUGGCAAUCUCAACGGAAGCGGAUAUACGACAGGAUUGUGGGAAGACUGUCGGAUAGGCAGAUCAAACGAAAGCAAUUUGCCCCUCAGUUCCAAGGACAAUAUAGUUUUAGAACAGGACCAACCUGAAAAUAAUGUCAGAAGUAGGCAAAUUAAUGCAAAAAUCGGACAUAAAACUACCACAGCUUUGUGGAAAAUGGCCGUGAAGAUGUCAAAAUAACCUGAAGACCAGACAGUUUCUAUGGCAACCACGGCAAACAUAGUUCCGUGUCACGGUACCAUUGUACCUUGUUUAUGUGAUUCCGGUGGUUCUAUCGAUAUCUUGAUGCAAUCUAUUGAUAAACGUUCGUGAACCUAAAAAAACAACAAAAUUGAACAAUACCAUUGUACAUUCCUUAUUAUUUUGUCGACAAAUGUUUGCUUAAAUGAUCGCACGACAUGUUCUUUGACCAAACACCUGUGAACCAUCAAAUCUCUUUAGCGACUAAAACAACGAAAUGGUGUAUCAUUAUCACACCCUCAGAUACCGGGGAUGUGUACAAUUAUUCUGUUAUAAGUCAUGGUUAUGUGUUCUCAUUGGUAGUUGCCGGGGUGACCGGGUAGAGAGUCCACAUGUACUCAGAAAAUAAUUUAUCUGGUUAUUACUAAUAUACACUUAUCUUCUGUU